CGUCAGCAGUACCACGUCAGCAACAGUGCCACGUCAGCAGUACCCCGCCACCAUGACGGUCUCAAUUCUGGGCAUGCUAGGCCAACUGGCCAAUGAGUCCAUUGCCGAGUACCGACAGCGGUUCCAGGCUCAGCUCGCACUGAUCGAGGCUGAGGAACAACGUCAGGCAGCAGCCGAGGCUGCCCGCCUACAGGCUGAAGCGGCGGCAGCAGCAGAAAAGCAGCGACUUCAGGCCGAAGCAGACGCAGAUACCCAGGCACGCCGCAAGGAGGCCCAGGAUCUGCUACAGCGGCACGAAGCUGCCAACAUCGAAAAGCUCAAGUUCUGGCAUUUUGAACCAUCCGAGCACCUCGAAGACGCGACACCGGAAGAGCAACACCAGGAGUUUAUUGCCAAACUCAUGACCCGGUUGGUUUACACUUGUAACCACCUGCAGUCCGAGCUUGCGAAUCUCCGACGGACGGUGCGGAACCACAAGGAUCUGCAGGAGGAUGUUACACGGGCACUUGAUUCCCGUGUACAGAACUUGGAGCAAGUUGCACCAAGACCAGAUGUUGGCGAGUCCAGCAGUGCACCCUCUACCCGCCAAUUGGAGGAACGAGUUGACCACGUAGUCGACAUCAGCACCUUCGCUGCACCAGCCACCAUCAGCAAGCAGUUGGACACCUUGAAGACCGAGGUUCAGCAACUGCACCAGCUGCCCAACAAGGAUGGCAACACCAGCGCGCAGCACUACAGGAUGUCGACAUUCCGCAUCGAAAAGUCCGAUGAUUAUACGCAUCAAGACCCGAUCUGGCUCAGCCACCUGGCAACCAUCCACGACGUCCAAGUCGCCGAUCUACAUAAGAAGAUCUCUUGGGACGAGUUGACGAAGCUAUGGAAGAAGCGGUUCAUCGUGGACGACGCCCCAACGCUCACCAUCAACCGCCUCUUCAGCAUGACUCAAGGCAACACACCAAUGCGUGACUGGCUCACGAAAGGGCAAAAGAUCGUGGCAACGCCCGAUCUCGAGUUGCCAUUUUCGCAUCUACGUCGAGAGUUCUACAACCGGUCAUGUGCGGCCUUCAGCCUCGCACUCGGUGAUCGCGAGCAAUACACGACGUUUGCCGAAAUCAUCGACAAGGCAAGGGAGAUCAUCAAGACCAACAGGGUGGCUGCACACGAGAAGUCAGCGUGGCAGCCAACCUAUGUGGAGAAAGGAAAAUUUGGUCCGCGUCCGCAGCAUGUCGCUGCAGUCCAACCGGACAACAUUGUGGAAGACCCGGCAGCCACCCAAGCAUCACUACCAACUCCGUUGAUGGAUGCCGGAGUAGAGGUUGUCGACCUUCACGACUACGUUGCGAAGAUCGAUCGCGAGUUUAAGACACAACAGUACGAUGACAUCGACGCACCAUUGUUAUACAUACGCAUUCAGAUCGGUGAGGCGACCAGCAGCGCUUUGAUCGAUUGCGGAGCUACUCGCAACUACAUGAGCCAAGACUUUAUGCCCCGAAAGGAUCGGCCCAUCCGCCAUGAGAUCAUCAUCGAGGCCGGGGCCGUACCUCCACGUGGUUGCAUCUACCGCAUGAGCGAGGAAGAGUUAAGUGUGCUACGGGCACAACUCGACGACCUUCUCGAGAAAGGCUGGAUUCGGCCUAGCUCUUCGCCAUACGGUGCUCCCAUUCUCUUCGUUCCGAAGAAGAACAAGGAUUUGCGGUUGUGCAUCGAUUAUCGCAAGUUCAGUGCGCAAACCGUCAAGAACGCCGGCCCUCUUCCACGCAUUGACGAUCUCCUCGAACGGCUGGGCGGCGCCAAGUUCUUCUCCAAGCUUGACCUCAAAUCGAGAUAUCACAAACUCGAGAUCCGGCAGGCGGACCGCUACAAGAUCGCGUUUAAGACGCGAUAUGGGCACUUCGAAUGGCUGGUUAUGCCUUUUGGCCUUACGAAUGCCCCGGCCACAUUCCAAGCGGCUAUGACAAUGGAGUUCCCACACAUGCUGGAUAGAUUCGUACUCAUCUACCUCGACAACAUCUUGGUGUACCGGAGUUUGGACGAGCAUGUGGAGCACCUGCGCACCGUUUUGGAGCGGUACGACAAGCCAAGUACAAAGCCAACCACGACAAAUGCGAACUCGCUCGGCAAGAGCUGGAGUAUUUGGGACAUUAUGUGACGCCGCAAGGCAUCCGUCUGCUUGCGGAUAAGAUCGAGGUCAUCCGCGUAUGGCUUGAGCCCACCAACACC